AUGGCCAACGACUCCGCGCCCAUCGAGGGCAUCGCCGGCCACUACACCGGCGACAGCUUAGCCCUCCAAGCGACGCUGGCGACCCUGCUCGGUUGCGCCCUGUACAGCGCCUUCGAACUCGUGCUGCUCAUCUUCGUGACCUUCCACCACUACGCGGGGCUCUACUUCUGGAGUCUCCUGAUCUCGACCAGCCUGGGCAUCGUGCCGCAGUCGCUGGGCCUCCUCCUCAAAUACUUCGAUCUGGCGCCGAUCUACCUGUCAGUCACGCUGACGACCUUCGGGUGGGCGACCAUGGUGACGGGCCAGUCGGUGGUGCUGUACUCGCGGCUGCACCUGGUGGUGCGCAACGUGGUCGUCCUGCGCAGCGUGCUGACGAUGAUCGUCGUCGACGCGGUGAUCAUCCAGAUCCCGCACAUCGUCUUCUCCUACGGGGUCAUCGCCGACGACUCCGGGAGCCGCUACAUGCGCAUGUACACCAUCUGGGAGAAGUUGCAGAUGACCGUCUUCUUCACGCAGGAGGUCAUCAUCUCCGCCAUAUUCCUCGUCCAGACCGUCCGCCUGCUCACCCUCUACCCCAACCGCAGCAAGCGCCGCUCCCUCAUCAUGUACCAGCUGCUGGGCAUCAACGCCGCCAUCAUCCUCAUGGACAUCUCCCUGCUCGUGCUCGAGUACCUCAAUAUCUACAUCAUCCAGGUCUCGCUCAAGACCUUCUUCUACACCAUCAAGUUGAAGCUGGAGUUCGCGGUGUUGUCGCGGUUGGUCUCGUUCGUGAACUAUGAGCCCGAGCAGGACUCGGCGAUGACAGUGCUGAGUUAGGGCUGUCGGGAGACCAUCGGUUCUGGUAAUCGAUGACAAACAUAAUGCAGAUAUCAAUAAUGGGUAGUCACGGUGUCAGUAGCUGGGGC